AUGUCCAGAGUCGCUAUUGCGGGUGGAACCGGUGGUGUCGGUCGGACCAUAGUCGAAGAGCUAGUCCGACAAGGUAAACAGGAUGUGGUCGUUUUGAGUCGAAAGUCCAAUUCAUUGAAAGGCUUGGAAUCCGUUCCUGUCUUCGCAGUCGACUAUAAUGACGUUACGUCUACCGCGGCUACCCUUCGAGACCUUAGAAUCGAGACGAUCAUCUCCACACUAUCGCUAUUCACAGAAGAAGUAGGAGAGGCUCAGUUGAAACUAAUUCAAGCGGCGAUAGAGUCAAAGUCGGUCAAACGCUUUGCUCCGAGCGAGUUCGCUUUCAACUACCUACGUCCCGGACUCCGCGACUUUCACGACGCGGCUCAAAUGCGAAUUGAUGCAGCCAAUAUGUUGCGCAACUCACAGCUCCAAUUCACCCGUUUCGUAUUUGGCUGGAUACUAGAUACCUGGAACCCUUCGCGCGCUAAGACUAAUCUGCCCCCAAUGACGUGGGUAGUUGAUUUUGAGCAUCGACAAGCAAGGAUACCUGGAGACGGAAUGGACCCUUUCACCGUGUUACAUUCGCAUGAUAUAGCCAAGUACAUUGCUGAACUACUCGAUGAUGGCAGACCAUGGCCUGAAAUGAGCGCUUUCGCAGGUGACAGGCUUUCAUUUAACGACAUGGUAGAAAUGGCGGAGAACAUCACAGGAAAGAAGUUCGAAGUCUCGUUUGAACCGGUGGUGAACCUUGAAAAGAAGGAUGUUGUGGUACUCGAUCAGCCGGAAGGGUCCUACGAUUUUGGUGAGGGACUUCGCGAGGUAACAGCUGAAUUUGGUCUCAUGGUGGUCAAAGGUAUGAUGGACGUAAAGGCCGAUGGACUGAGAAACGAGGAAUAUCCCAGUGUCAAACCUAUUAAGGUCAAGACAUGGAUGCAGCAAAUAUGGGGAUCUCAGGCCUGUUAG